AUGGCUAAAAUGUCCAGCCCUACAGAGACAGAGCAGUGCAUCAAGUCUCUGAUUGCUGUUUUCCAAAAGUAUGCUGGAAAGGUCAGGAACAAGUGCAAUCUCUCCAAGACUGAGUUCCUAACCUUCAUGAAUAUAGAACUAGCUGCCUUCACAAAGAACCAGAAGGACCCUGGUGUCCUUGACUGUAUGAUGAAGAAACUGGACCUCAACUGUGAAGGGCAGCUAGAUUUCCAAGAAUUUCUUAAUCUUAUUGGUGACUUAGCAGUAGCUUGCCAUGACUUCUUUACCCGUUCCCAGAAGUGUAUCUGA